GUGAACCAGUUUAUGCAAACAAAAUUUAUACACAAUGGAGAAGUUUAGCUUGUGUGUGAUUUUUUCACUGUGUGUUCUGGUGGCAAGUGCUUAUGCUCAAAGUGCUUCCAAUGUGAGAGCUACUUACCAUUUUUACAACCCUGCACAAAAUAACUAUGACUUGAUGGCCGUGAGUGCUUUCUGCUCAACCUGGGAUGCCAGCAAGCCCUUGGAAUGGCGCAAAAAGUAUGGCUGGACCGCCUUCUGUGGACCGGCUGGACCUACCGGCCAGGCUGCGUGUGGGAAGUGCUUAAGGGUGACAAACACUGGGACAGGAACACAGGCAACAGUGAGAAUUAUUGAUCAAUGCAGCAAUGGAGGGCUAGAUUUGGACGAAGGCGUAUUUACACAACUCGACACCAAUGGUGCAGGAAAAGCUCAAGGCCACCUUAUUGUGAACUAUGAUUUUGUGGAUUGUGGCGAUUAAAUUAAGCACUUUCUCUGCUUCCAUGUCUAAGUUAAUUUAUAUGCAUUAGACUCAUAAAUAAACUUCUGAAUAAGUAAAUUAUAAGUGCUUAUCAGCACCACCUCUUUGUAAGCUCAUCUUUUUGAAGAAAGGUGAGAUCAUUAUAAUUAAUAAACUCCUUCAGAAUAAGCACUUACGUGUGUUGCAU